AUGGACCCGGACGAUCCAGAUCGCCAUGUCGCCGAACCCACUUCUCUCACUGGUGCGAUUGCGGAAGCAGAGUUGGCCUCUGGUUCCUCGCAGCAGGUCGAAAAUAACAGCAGCUCAAACUACAUGGAAAGUCUGGAUCUAUCUCUGCUAGGAUCACCAGACUUUGAUUUUUCAUGCCUCAUGGACCUUGAUGAGACAGGAGAAGCUACGCAAGAACCAGAACAGCUAGAUUCCAUGAUGCUCGAUGCGCCCGCCUUUGAAGCUCCAAGCGGUAUGGAUGAUCUUACCGUGACGCAGAUUUUAACGGGCAAUGUAUUUCAUGGUAGCGACCACCCGGGUACCAAUUUGUACUCUGUCCAUGACGCUCCUCAACAUCAAGGCUAUAUUCCGCAAUCCCAAGUUGGCCUUGACACGUUGACAUCAGAGAAUUGUCAGUUCUCUUCGGAGACCUUCAAAAUAUUUCAAAACCCUCCAGUUGAGUCUUUCGCCUAUCCUGUCGAGAUGACCCGUAUUAUGCCCGAAGCGCCCCAGUCAUCCGGAUUUGGGGACCAGAGAUUUAUUCAGAUGAACGCACCUCCGACACAAGUUCAGGUUCCUUUGCCACGACCAAGCCGACCAAGACGUCGAGGCCCACUCACGAGAGAACAGGCAGAAGGGCAGGCUCUCGCUCGCGAGAAUGGAGUUUGCAUCCGCUGCCGGCGAAAUAAUAUCACGUGUGUCGGGGGAAUCCCAUGCAAAGCGUGUUUGGGUCUUCGCAAGCCUCGGCUCUGGAAAGUCCCAUGCACCAAAGCCCAGUUUCUGGACAUUAUAGAGUCAGGAUCAUUCUUUUAUAAGCCAUCAAUGAAUGAAGCAUUGUUCACGGAACGCCUAGUUGAAGAAAUGGCAACAAUGGCCCUGGCGUUCGCUAGAGACAUGUCAAAGGGAGAUGGCGUCUCCCCCAAAAACAUCGAUUUCCCAUGGACAGUUGCCUUUGAAGGAUUACGCACAAUCUGCUUCCCUGAUGGACGGUACCAAAAGCCUAGGAUGUACAUGGUGAGAAAGACAGAAGCGCAACUACUGAAAGCCUUUCCUAUAGAUACGGCGGGUUCUCCAUGUCUUCUGGUUGGCAACAAUCGAUUAAAAUGGACACGGGCAGUCGCAGCGUUCUGUGGCGACCGAUGCCUCGAAAACCCAUAUGAGGAGGACCUAAUCAUAGAUACUCGCAGAGCCAAUGAUAACGGCAAUCCCCUUGAAGUGUUUGUAAAGACCUCAUGGCUCCUUUCUCGAUACUUGGAGCUGCAUCUGUUUCGAUAUCUUCAGAAUGCCGCGAAUAAUCCUAGCAAGGACAUUCACGAACAGAGGAGUUUCGCUUACAGUGCUCUGUACUUGUUGGGUCACAGCUUCUCCACCUCAUCGAACAGGAUAUCAGGACUGAACAUCAGUGAUGAAAUGUUCAAGGGCUCCAUCACAGACCACUUAGACCGGGAACGGCGCGUCCGCCUCGCAUUAUGGGUUUAUGUCUCCAUUACUGUUGGCCAGCUUCCCUCUGAGGCAAAUUUUUGGAAUAACUUGCCCAAAGAGCUCAAAGCCUUCCGCGGAGGUCUCCCAAAGAAGUUUCGAGAGAGCUUUGACGGAUUUGACAACAGUCUACGCAUGAAUAUGAAGAUUGAACUAGACUCCAAGACAAGAUUCUUACAGAAGCUUGACUCUGGCCAGCAAACCCAGGAACUUAUAGAAAGACCUUCAUCAUCCUCGGACAUCGACCCCGAUCGCAGCCUCUGGCAACGUAUGGUGGAAAAUACCACUCAAGGCAUUCAUGAAAUUUGUCAUCUCCAUUCUGGAGAGUUGGCCUCGUUGGAGGACAGAGUCAGCGAAUAUGAACAAAUCGAAGCCGAACGACUUUUUCUCCCCACAGACCACGAGCACUUCGCAAAGGCUGCUGAGAACGCUUUUGGGACAAUCCUGGCCUUGGCUAGGUUGCCAAUAAGAUCCCAGCAGACGCUGCCUAUACAAGAUUGCGAAGUACUUCGUCCCUCAUUCCUCCGUUUUCAGGCAGAGUUGCGACGGUUCAUGGGAAGACUUUCAAGUGACAUACUUCCUUGCGGAAUGUCAUUAGUUUGUCUCGCAGAACGUCCAUUUGUCCUGUAUGGGGCUGAUAAUAUGCACUUGAAUCGCUGGCAGGAGCUUGAAGAUAUGAUGGGGGGAGGAAUUUACCUCGUGGGUAACACUAUGCAUCCACCCACCAGAAAAACUUCUCAUGCAUUCUUGGACAUCGCGACUGUUGCAGAUAUUGGUAGUGAUGAACAGUUUCUCCGCCUCAAGAGACUCUUACAAAAGAAUGGCUCGUGGUUACGCCAAGUUUGUGGACAACUCAACGGACUUGUGCAGGCAAUGAAGCAAAUAGGUCAUGAACUCCACGAAGAGAAAAGGUUACGAGCAUUUCAAAUAAUCCUGCGACGAAAGGUUCGAGAAGUCUUUGGACAUCAUGAAGCGUCAUGCAAACCUCACAGUCUACAUUGCCAAGAUCCAAGAGGUAUAUUCUUCUUCGUCAUGUUCAAGAAACAUGUGCGAAGUUUAUUUGGGAGUGCUCGAGGAUGGAGAGGCGUGCUUUAUGAGAAUUUCCAAUCUAUCCUUGCUCGCACGAUGGAGGAAAUGCACGAUGGACAUCUUCAGCAUCAAAGCUGGAGUAUCAUGGGGCGUGUGAUCUUCACACUAUUAAAGAUGACCGUCCAAUUCAAACUUUCAGGCUCUGUACUGGCCAUGGCCUGGCCCCAGUCGCGGUCUGAGGACGAGAGCUCUCGUUUGGAAAUGCUGGAUGCAAUGGGAGAAGAGCUUUUAUACGAAACAGAAUCCUUCCGGGACUGGAUGGAAUGCCAACUACGCAAUGAUUUUGGGUGGGCAUUGGAAUGGAAAUGA